UUGGAGUACCUCCUCAGUCUGCCGGCGGCCCAAGCUUCCUCCGGCCAGCACUUCUCUCCGGCCACCAAAUCCUCAGGCGGUCCGAUUUGUUUCGCUCCUACCGUCAUCACCGUUUCGAGCUCUGAAGCCCCGAAGGAACAUCACGUCGUUGCCCAGACGGAAGUUGUCGGAUUUGUCGCCGAGCUCGGUCAGACAGCGGCGGCGCAGCCUCAACGUGCCUAUGCACCAUCAUCUCCUCGGGCUUCCACUCUUGGGCUGCUCUUCCUCCAAUUCGACCCGAACCCAACCCAACCCCUCCAGAACGGCCCGAACUCGGCCCAACCCUCCCUUUUAGCCCUUGGACCGACAAUCCAAACCCAAAUCGCUGGCCUCAAACCGACAAAAUCCUACCUCUCCGCUGCCCAAAAAACCGUCCCACCCGAGCCCUUCUCCUAUGGCACUAUUUCUCUAUCCGGCAGCAUCCCGGAGGUCCUUUUUUCCCCUCCGAAAUUCUCUAAAAUGUCGGAGGACCUCAAAUAUGCCCUCAUUGGAAAAUUCUCCUUCGGCAAGCUCUCCAACGAGGCUAUUCGGUCGAACCUCUCUCUCUUGGGUUUCUCCGGAUGCAAAAUUCUUUUCCUUCAAGCCAAUCACGUCUUGAUCAAAGUCGAUGAUCCAAACACGUCCACCAAACUUUGGUUGAAACGCGAAAUCUCUAUUCUAAAUUUUCCUAUGCGGGUUUUCAAGUGGUCUGCCGAUUUCGAUUUCACAAAAGAACCACCUAUUGUCCCAGUUUGGAUCAAAAUCCCAGCUCUCCCCCUUCAUUGCUUUGACUUAAAGGCUCUUAGAACAAUCGCCAACAUCUUUGGCACCCUUUUAAAAGUCGAUGAUGCCACACUAAAAAAACUCGGCUCCAAUAUGCUCGUUUUUGCGUAG